UGAUUGUGGGCAACGAUUGGGCAAAACGGAUGUCAAUAUGCUUCCUGCCAGGGGCAAACCUGUGGCAGACUAGAUACAUAAGCAGACGCGUCUGUGGCAGGAUGUAGAGAUAGCGAUGAGAGAAGUAUCGCAUGUGACGGAUACAGUGUUUACUCGUGCAGGGUGAGGGGGCGAAGGGGAUUUUAGACCAGGAUAUUAAAAGGGAAACAAAAUAGACGGAAUGUCUGUUUCCAAUGCUUGUGUUAUUGCUGUAGCUGGUACUGCAGUGUAAUAUAUUCCUGGUAUUCUGUGCUGUGUUCAUUUUCACUUUUGUUUUUGAAGACGAAGGGGUGUUGUUUUCGUAGAUUUCAGUGACAUGUGUGUUGUUUAGUUUGCCGGUGAAAUGAUCUGCAUGUGUUUAGUAUUUUCGAUUACCGUCGUAAGUAAGGUUUUAGACGUAUCGAUACUCCUAACAGUUAAUAUUGCUCUAGCUUAGGUCAAAAUUAAAUCCGUUUAACACCAAAAGGGAGCGUAGAUAUAAUUACAAUGGCAGAUGACAUUUCGUUAUCGUUAUGUGCCCGUUUGAGUUACUCUGUCGGUCAUUUUCUGAACGACCUGUGCGCUUCGAUGUGGUUUACCUAUUUGCUGGUCUAUUACCACUCCGUGCUGGGGUUCAAUAAUACCGUCGCUGGGGUGCUGCUGCUUGUCGGACAGAUAGCGGACGGGAUCUGCACCCCGCUUAUAGGUUACGAGUCUGACCGGACGCCGGGGUGCCGGAAUUAUGGCAAGAGAAAGUCCUGGCAUCUUGUAGGUACGGUGAGCGUGCUCCUCUCGUUCCCGUUCAUCUUUAACCCUUGUAUGGGCUGUGCCGAGGGCACUCCUCAGUGGGUGGGACUCGUCUACUUCAUCCCCUUCAUCGUUGUCUUCCAGUUCGGCUGGGCAGCUACACAGAUCUCCCACCUCUCACUGAUUCCGGAGCUUGUCACCAACGACCAGGAGAAAGUGGAGCUCACUGCCUACAGGUACGCUUUCACUGUGAUUGCCAACAUCGCUGUCUAUGGGGUGGCCUGGCUACUGUUUUACUUUCAGGCUGGCCAGACGGGCGACCCAACGCAGACGGAGAGCCUGGGCAGGCAGGACAUCCCUAUCUUUAGGAAUCUAGCCCUCAUAGUAAUUGGGUUAGGGUCGGUGUUCUCGUUGCUAUUCCAUAUUGGAACAAAGGAGAAAGGGCGCCCCCUGCCUGCCGCCUCAUGUCCUGCAGAUGAGCGGCAGCCCCUGAUCACCAGGUCCCAGGACGCUGGAGGGUGCUCCCUGCUACAGUGGAAGCACUGGCUGCUAGAACCUGCCUUCUAUCAGGUGGCAGGGCUGUACAUGUGCACAAGACUAAUUGUGAACCUAUCCCAGACUUACAUAUCUAUGUACCUGACAAACUCGCUCUUUCUGCCCAAGAACUACAUCGCUACGAUCCCCCUGGUGAUGUACGUCAGUGGAUUCAUGUCCUCCUUGAUCAUGAAGCCAGUCAACAAGUGGAUCGGCAGAAACAUGACAUACUUUGUAGGCCUGCUGCUGAUCCUGGCCUUUGCCUGUUGGGUGUUGCUGGACCAUAAGAUGGGGAAGUCGGUGUAUGGCGCCGCCGUGCUGCUGGGUGCUGGCUCAGCCACCAUCUUAGUGACCUCGCUCUCAAUGACCGCCGACCUGAUUGGGAGAAACACUCAAAGCGGUGCCUUCGUGUACGGGGCGAUGAGCUUCACUGACAAAGUGGCCAAUGGAAUAAGCGUGAUGAUAAUUCAGGCUCUGCACCCAUGCCACACACAGGUGUGCUGUCCUGCUUGCGUCUGGUUCUACCACAGCGUCAUGGUGAUUGUUACCGGGGGCGUGGCCAUUGUGGCGACGUUCUGCCUGUGCAGCAUCCUGAUCUGGCCAAUCGGGAUCCGAGUCCGUCAGCCAGCUGUCUCGGGCCUGCUGGGGGCUUCAUCAUCGCUCAGAGAAGACAUUGAAGAUGACCGAAGUGUCAACUAAAGAAACCGCUCUCGAAACCAUUCUCAGGGAGCGCUGUGCUGUCCCUGUAUUAAUGAUCCCCUUUUCUCUGCUCCAAGCAGGCAGGUCUCUCAAUGUCAUUCUCCCUGUACUGUGCACUACAUUGGAGAGGGAAAGCAGUUCUGGUCAAACAUUUAUUCUGAUAGAAUAGUGCUCAAUGAGAACAGGUCUGACCAGUGCUGUAGUGUGUGGAAACCUCAGCUCUGCCAGGGGAACCAGAAACCUCAUUUUAAAUGAAUUUGGUGUUUUUUGGAAAAAGACAAAUGUGCUGAUCAUUAAGUCCAAAGUGUAAAAAUUGCCUUUUUGAAUUUUAUUUUGACUAUAAAAUCCAUCCUAAAUCUAAAGGGAGAUUUGUUUGUAAAUGCAAACAAAAUUUUAGAUCCAUUGCAAUUUACUGCCUUCAUCUAAAAUAAAGAGGAUGUGUACCUGACCUGCCCAAGCGAGCAUCACAUCGUACAAGAGACCCACAGAGCUGAUCUUUAACACACAAGAUGAACAUGUCUUAGAUAACGUUGAGAAAAACAACGUGGAAGGGCAUUCCACCUAUCCUCCAUGCUCAGGGGUGUGUUCUUUUGUCUUUCUCACUCCGAUACAUCUAAAAGCAUUUAUCUUUAAACCUGUCUUGAGGCUGUGGGAGUUUUUACAGUAAUAAUUCCAGUUGUGAAGUUACCAUGCUGUCUUGUGCACAUAUAGCUUUUGUACCUUUUUUUUUGUAUUUGAGGAUUAAAGGGAAUGUUCUGUGGGCUGCAAUAAUCUCCUCCCGAGAUCGCUGCAUGAAUGCAGUCGGGAGGCUGUGCCUCCACUGUGAGGAGCAGUGAGACGCUCCUGGGAUCCGGUGCCCAGCUUUCUCCUUUUAUUUGUAACCCAGUGCUUUUUAAAGGUCAUUUUGCAUUGCUAUGUAAAGAUGGAAAUUGAUGUGAUGUUGCAAUCAUUCUGAGGGGUUGUGUUGUCAAGUCCGGGUUCAUAUUUUCUAUAGCUUGCCUGCAGAAUCCUAACUACCGGCUAUUGAAAAGACUUCCUAGCUCCAUUCAAGUCAUGUGACAAUGUGACCUUUCAACUCUGUGGCCACACCUGCGCUCUUUAUAUGUUUUGUAUAGAUUUAGAAAAAAAAAAUAUCAAUAUAGAAUACUACAUAUUUUAAGAGCCCUGUCUUUUGUUAUCAUAGGGCUACACUACUCUGUCAAGUGUUUUUACUACAAAUUUCAAUCAUUUCCAGAUAAAAAAAGGGAUUAUGUAUUCAAGGGAUUAUGCAUUGAUGUGUAAAAUAAUGUUGUAUAUUAUUGUAUAUAAUUCGACCAAUAGUCAUUUAUUUUACAUUGAACUACUAUAAAAAGAUGAUAUGAAAAUGAUUACUGUGUUGGUAAUGCUAAAAUAAAAAUAACAUUUUUCUUAA